GUUCUCGUUCGUUGUCUAUCUCACGAAAAUCGUUCUGUGAACCCCAUAUUUUAAGCAUAACACGCGAUAGUUGUUCACCAAUUGUUCGAGAUUUUAAAAAAGGUUUUGAAAAGAUCGCCCUGUGUUUGUGGAAUACGACACCAGCAGAAGAAGAGGAGCCGUAACUUCGACGAAGCAACCGUUCGAGUCUUAAUAAUGUCCGAGCAAACAGCCCAGCUUUCUGCUGCCGAAGCGACCGAAAUCCGGUGCCAGGAAAAGUCCAAAGGUGGACUGUGCUAUGAAGUAAUCCUGGCCGAGCCGGCCGUCAACGUGACGCUGCCGAAGUUGCCGCCGGUGCCGGGCAAGAACGUGUCGGCCGAGGAGAUCGAGGAGAAGCUGAAGGCGGCCGAGGAACGCCGGCUGUCGCUCGAGGCGAAGAAGAUGGCCGACUGGACGGCCAAGAUGGCCAAAAUCGAGGAGGCGUCGCGCAAGAAGGACGAACUGGACAAAGAGUUCAAGACGCACGCCAAGGAGGUGCUGCACACCAAGAUGGAGCAGUACGAGGAGAAGCGGGAACAGCAGCUGUCGGAGAUCAAGGAAAAGCUAAAGAUGCACGCCGCCGAUAUCGAGAAAACGCGACAGAGUCUGGAGCAGCAGAAGAUCGAUGAACUGCAGAAGCAUCUGGAUGAGAAGCUGCGAAACGCGUCCACGCUGCGCGACGAUAACAUCAAGAAGAUUUUGGGCCGACUAAAGGAGCACAAUACCGAUAAGCUGAACGUGGUUCGCGCCACCGUCGACCAGAUCGAGGCCGAAAAGACCACCCAUAAGACGCGCAUCCUCGAAAACAAGCUGUCCACCGCCGAGCAGAAUCGCGAAAAGGAGCUGCAGAAGAAAUUGGAAAAUAUCCGGAAGCACGAACGGCGCGCUGAGCUGGUCCGUCAAAAUAAGGCCGCAUUGUCGCAGCAGGGCGAUGUUACUGCAUCAUCCGGUUAGGCGGUCGGCAGUUGGAAAUAGGAGGUCGAUGGUCAGUGGAUGGAAUAGGAAAAAUGAACAGACACACACUGAUGCUGGGAGAGCGACACACGACGACACAUCAUGACGCGUUUUUGCAUCCAACCAACAACAAACGUGUGCUGCUGCUGCUGCUGCUAAACAAACAUACUGGAAAACUGGCCCCACGCACACAAACACACACCAGCGGAAUGGAAAAAACCCGUGUAUCCCCACUCGUUGGUUUUGUAUUUCCUCUCCGAGUGAAUUCCGUUUUAAUCCGUUUCGACUUUUUGCGAACGAGCGUCGCUCUGCUGCUGUGCGCCUCUCAUAGAGAACCAAAACGAAACAAUGAUCUUAAACACACACACAGAGAGCAUGAAAUACUCUUUUGAGCACAAAAGCCCCUCGCGAUAUUUUAACGCCGCCAACACGUUGUCCUGUUAAUCAAAAUAAGCAUCUCGGGCGCAGCGUCAAAAAAUUCAAGAACCAAUCGAUAACCAAGUAAACAACCAAACCUAAAUACAAUUAGCCCAGUAAUCGUGUAGAGUGCUGCACGCGGCGGAGAAGGAAAACCCAUCCCGAUCCCGGAGGCGAUCUCGAAGCCGAGAGAACAGAAAGAGAGGGUAGAUAGUUAGAUAUAACGGACAUCCAAAAAGAGCAUCUCCUUCUUCGGCCGAUGAAGACGACACGUAGAUACCGUUUCGGUUCCGAUUAGGGAACUGCAACGACACAUACACAUGAUAACGAUAAAGGCUUUUGGGGGGCAUGGGAGGACCCCCUCUGGAACUAAAGCAACAUGAUGAUUGGGGCGAAGCGCUUGGGGCGAGUGAAGCACAAACUGAUAAUCGCUCCUUGAGCUCAACGCUGCCGCCGCCGACGCUGCUGCUGCUGUCGCCGCCGCCGCGCGUACACACUCCAGUUUAUGUCCUUUUUGAAAGGCUCAAAUAAUAAAUGUUUAAGAAGUCAUGACGACGAGAUGCUAUCGCGAGAGCGCGCGCCACAGAGCGCAACAACAAAGGCCAUAAUCUUACGCAAGGAGAGAAGAACAAGGGGGAGGUGAAAAUAUUCUCUUGAUAACGGACUGGUGUUAUAAACGACGUAUAGGGGAGCAACAAAUGAUAACAACAACCACAUAAUCGCUAACCAGGAAAAUUGAUGAAGCGCAGCGCACUUAUAACAGAAACUCACACACAACUCUAAACACAAACCAACACAGCACUCUACUAAAUGAAACAAACCUAUAUUUACCCCGUUUUUUCCACUUCGUUUUCAACAAAUAAAACAACUACAAAAUGAGCAUGUGUAUCCACCGCGUGCGCGCCUAUAUUAGAUACAGAAACGGUCACACACGCGUGUAACGAUCGGCGAUCGAGAGAGGGCGCGCAAAAUGAACAUAAUAUCCCGAACGGGGACAAAU